AUGGUAGCGUACGCGGCAAAAUACUACAACAAGCCAGUUCUAUCUGAGUUAAAAUUCGCUGCGAACACAGAAAAUAUUCUAGUUAAAGUAAAGGCGCACAUGGCUAUUCUUUUAGAGAAGAACCACGUCAACCUGCUGCAUAUCUCAGAUACGCGAGAUGACAACUUCGCGCGGAUCAAGAAUUUGUCCCGACUCGUCAGCUCGCAGCUGAGCAAAAAGUCACACAAGAAACAUAUUUGCGACCGAUUUUUGCAUUACUUCAGCUCGAGCGAGAAGCUGGAGAGCCGCACUGUCGAUUACCAAAAAAUGAAUGACUGCGCCAAACGAUCAUCCUGCCAAACGAUGACAACAAAUGGCUCAGCUUCACCAACUACUGCAGAAAGGAGCGGGUCCCGUUUGUAGUUUACGCCGACUUGGAAUGCACCCUGGAGAAGACACCGAGGGAAGAACAAACGAGUUCGUAUGCGUAUCAACGUCAUAGCAUAUUUAUAGUAUAGCGUAUUACGUGUGAUGUUCCUACGACGAAUCGUU